UAUUUGACGAUCUUACUUUUUCUAUUGAACCUAUAGAAGAAGAAUUGGAUGUACCUCCUUUGCAACCUGAUACAGAUGUUGUACAGAUACAAGACACAAAAAAUGAACUAAAGAAAGAAGUUGAUAAUAGUAAAGACAAGAUACAGAAGAUUCGUAAUAAUCUUAGAAAAGCUUUAGGACCCAGACGUGCUGCCCAAGCAUGGAAAUGUGCUGAACGAAUUUAUCAACUUCUCCAAGUUUGUGGAUUACCUUAUCUUUAUUUCACUAUGACAAUUACCUUUAGUAACUUGGAAGAAUUAAAUGAAGAAAACUUUUUGACAUUGUUAAGAGAAGUUAGAAUUCACGGAGUUCAUUCUUAA